GUCCGAGAAGCUAAAAUGGCCGCGAUGCCCUGGCUCGCGCGUGAGUAUGCUGUGGAGGAUGACGGGAAAGAUUAGGCAGCAAUGGCAGAGGAUGGGCCCCAGGUGCUGGCUCCUGGGUUUGGGAUUUUGGAACUUCGAGCUGUGACAGCACCUUCUUGUGAAAGCGAUUCGGGAACUCUAAAGAGGUCUCUAAGACACAGGGAUGUAUCAGCUGUUGCCACUGCUAUGCUUGCUGUACUGAACCCACACCACCACUGCAGUUGGUUGCCAGAAAGACUUGUGUUUGAACCCUAUGUCAUGUUCUAACUGAGUGAACUUGACAAGUUACUUCAUCUCUCAUCUACCCCAUUUCUGUGAAUGAAGUUAGCUGCAGAGUUGACUACUUCCAGCAUGCGGGGCCUGAAGAAGGAACCAGAAAAGAAGGAAAACAAAGAAAAGAGGAAGAAGAGAAAGAAUGAGACAUAGGAGAAGUAUCUCAUUCUAAAGAACAUUGCCAACAGCUGAAGCCAGGUUUGCUCUUGAGGGCUUUCUGGGAGGUGGCAACACUGACCUUGCCACAGUCAACUCCGGUACUUCCAUCAGUAUCCAGCAUAUAAAGAGCUGGAUACUGGAGAAGCUGGAAACCCAGAAAUGCCAAAGAGCGCAGAAAAAGCCUGCUCUCUUCUACCCAAGGAUCAGGAAAAGAGCAGCUGAGCAAGACAGAAACAUUUAAAACAAUAACAGCUCUACUUCAACCAAACACCACAGAAACAAACAAAAAGACAAACAACAAACCAUGAGACUAUACUCACCUUUGCCAGCAAAGGGUUAAUACGGAGACUAGACUUCUAUCCUUGCCAAGCUAUAAUGAGCCUUCCCAUCAUGGAUUGCCAAGAAAAUGAAUACUGGGACCAAUGGGGACGGUGUGUUACUUGCCAAUUGUGUGGGCCUGGACAAGAGCUCUCCAAGGAUUGUGGUUAUGGAGAAGGUGGAGAUGCAUACUGCACAGUCUGCCCUCCCCGCAGAUACAAAAGCAGCUGGGGCCACCAUAGAUGUCAGAGUUGUAUCACCUGUGCUGUCAUUAAUCGUAUCCAGAAGGCCAACUGUACGGCUACCUCUAAUGCUGUCUGUGGGAACUGUCUGCCCAGAUUCUACCAAAAGACACGUAUUGGAGGCCUGCAGGAUCAAGAGUGUAUCCCGUGCACAAAGCAGACCCCCACCUCUGAGGUUCAGUGUGCCUUCCAGUUGAGCUUAGUGAAGGCAGAUGUACCCACAGUGUCCCCUCAGGAGGCCACACUUGUUGCACUGGUGAGCAGUCUGCUCAUGGUGUUUACCCUGGCCUUCCUGGGGCUCUUCUUCCUCUACUGCAAGCAAUUCUUCAACAGACAUUGCCAGCGUGUUGCAGGAGGUUCGCUGCAGUAUGAGGCUGACGAAGCAGCAGAGGAGGAAUCUCUCUUCCCCGUGCUACCUGGCCAGGAGACCAGUCCUGAGUCCCCACUGAGUGAAAACAUCUUUGAGACCAAGCCACUUAACCCCAUCCUGGAAGAUGACUGCAGCUUGACUCAUGGCUUCCCCACACAGGAGUCUUUUAUCUUGGCCUCCUGUGCCUCAGAGAGCCAUUCCCACUGGGUCCAUACUCCCAUCGAAUGCACAGAGCUGGACCUGCAAAAGUUUUCCAGCUCUGCUUCCUAUACUGGAGCUGAGACCUUGGGGGUGAACACAGCUGAAAACUCUGGAGACAGGCUGGAGCUCACUGUGUCCUUUGAAGUCCCCAGCCCUUAACUCUACUGAGGUCUCUUGGGCUCCUGGCAGUCCAGUCAUUCUCCUCGGACUCUCCUGCCUUGUUC